CCGUUAGGAUCAUCCGGUACAAGUCCGGGCUCCUGGGCGGGGAAUGGGUUAGUCGAAAUCGCCUUUCUUGGGCAGACAUGGGAGGGGCCAGAGAUUACCCGCCCUCGCUUACAUGUUUCUACAUCUGUGGUUACUAGCGCCGAGCGCUGACCGAUCUAUGCACUGGUACGUACAGGAAACGAUCUAUCUAUGAACGCGAAGUGUAUCAGUACAGAUCGAUGUUAAUGAAUUUCCGGCCUUUACGAUGGCAAUCGCUAGUGUGGACAGUAGCCGUCGUUUGGAGUUUCUAAUGGGAAUUGACAGUUCAUGGACGAACAUGAGCAUGCUUGUCAGAAUGAACGAAACGGGUAUUUGCAGUUUCAGCGUGAGUGUGAGCAGUAUGCCAGGAAGAGUGGAAAAUCAGAUCGCUGAUCAGCUCUCUCUGGUGUCGCCCCCUGACCUCGAUGUCAACUUAGGACCGGGCGUUCUGCUCUAUCGCCUCAACGAUAGUGACCGCUUCGUCGGUGUUGGAGAGGUGGGCCAUCUGACAGAGUUCAUUGCGGUCGACCCGCCGCUUCCCUCCAGCGACGACGGAUGCUGGGAGUCUUUUCCGCUGCCGUCGCCGAGCGACACGAACGUCGUGCGGCGGCUUUUGCCUCCUCCUCCUCCUCCUCCUCCUCCUCCUCUUGUAAACUGGGAACACGACUGCGUUAAAAGGUUUCUGCAAGGGGGAGGGAAACUUUUUCAGGUCAUUCCCGCCACUGCCGUCAGUGGCAGCUCAGCGAUGAAGGAGUACGGUGCGUUCAACGAGAUUGCCUGUGCUGGGCGACCAGACGAUUGCUCCUUCAGCCCCUGUGCCGUUGCAGCGGUUUAUCCUGGUUACGUGCAGUGCGCGCCAGGUACGAGCCAGAGCACGAUUGUCAGUAUGUUGAACCUUACUGGCUUGGGGCUGAACGGCUCGAUCCCCCGAUCGAUCGGUAAUAUGAGCGAGCUGCAGGAGUUGCGCUUGUCUAACAACAUGCUCAGCGGUCCCAUCCCGACCGAAAUCGUCCGUCUCGGCAACUUGCGUCAUCUGGAUCUCAGCAGUAACUCGCUUUCCUGCGAUCUUUCUGGCUUUCCAUUUUCCAACCUCACAUCGCUCAAAUCUCUGCGGCUGGAUGGCAAUCUUGACUUGAAUGGCACCGUGGCCGGUUUUCCACGGAACCUGACGGAACUGAAUGUCACGGGCACCAGAUUGAGCUGUAUUGCUCCAUUGAGGGGGGAGGAAGUUGUAAAUCGGUCGUUCAUUGGCUGUCGCAGUCUGUCGAUGGACGUCCAAGGAUCCUUGUCGGAGGAAUCGGUGAAAGAGAGCAAGCCGCUGCAGCAGACCCAGUACAUUGUAUUAUUGACAGCAGCUUGUGUGCUGUUGCUAUGUGGCCUGCUUGCGGGAGCACACGUGGCGGUGUUUAUGAUUAGGAGAUCGAAGAAGAGGCAGGGUUGUGCGGGUGGAGGGGAGCUUGGAGGGUUGCUGAGGCGUCCCAAGUUGUGUAAUCACCUGGGACCGCUGCUUUCUCUCUCGGUAGAGGAAAUUGAGGUCGCAACGGAGAAGAUGUCGAGGCUGAUUGGCCGGGGACUCUUCGGCAUGGUCUAUGACGGCAGGCUGCCCGACGGCCGUCGCGUGUCGAUCAAGUUCCGAGCGAAGGGAACAACGGCCGUUUUGUCGGAUUUCAGGCAGGGCAUACGCAAACUGGCGAUGCUGAGUCAUCGUAAUCUCGUCAAACUUGUGGGUUUCUGCGACGAGGGAGGCUACGAAGCUCUCGUGUUCGAUUUUGUACCCAACGGUUCGAUCAGUGACUAUCUUCAUGACAACAGCAAGACAGGAUUGGUGCUGACGUGGCAGGCCAGGCUGAAGAUCUUGCAAGGCGCUGCUGCGGGCAUCGAUUACCUUCAUCGCCAAGGAGUGAUACACUGCGACGUGAAGUCCAGAAACAUAUUGCUCGACGACAAGUACGAGGCCAAGGUCACAGACGGAGGCUAUUUUCACCCCUCUCUUUUCGGCGAUCCCGCUCACACCGAUCUCAAAGAGUAUUUCAAGGGCUAUUUGGAUCCUGAGUAUGAAGAGAAAGGCGUACUAGAUAGGAAGAGCGACAUCUAUAGCUUCGGUGUGGUGAUGUUAGAGACGGUAUCGGGUCGGAAGGCUCUAGUCGACGUGGCGGUGCCGCAAUCACCGGCUUCACCUGGGGAUUACAGUCGAUCACCAUCGCUCCUUUCUCCUCGUCUACAGUCUCCACCCGCUGUAGACAUCGGCGGUCCUAGUACUGCUGCUUCUUGGUCUCGGUCAUCGAGGGCGAUGGCUUCGGCCGCCAUUCAGGCGAUCUUGAUGGACGAUUCUGGGGAGCAGCAGGAGGGGAUGUAUGGGGACCCAGAUGACGAUGUGGGCGACGAGGAAGAGCCUCCCCCUACACCCGCCCCUCCUCCUCCCAAGCCAAUUGCUGAGUGGGUGCGAGAGCUCAAAGCAGAGGGAAAGAUGAGCAGCUUCAUAGAUCCGAAGCUGGCGGAAGGGGCGUAUUCGAUGCAAUCAGUAGCCAAGAUCGUUGAUAUAGCGCUCUGGUGUGUGGAGGCGUCAAGCAGCUCUCGACCGUCGAACAUGCGCCAAGUGCGUGACAAGAUUGAUGAGGCAAUCAAGGUGGAGUCCAAGGUGUCGUCAUCCCUCACGAUGAGCUCCAGUAUGUCAUUGUCGCUUGUUAUUCCCGUGGCCAACGCCGUGGAAUCCUCCGCGGAAACGCCUCGCAGCCAAAGCAAGGGCUAGGUGAUCCGGCCGGGGUUCCUGUUUCUUCUUUUCCCGCAUUCGCAUAUUAUGCAUUCUCAAUCGAUUGAUAGGAAAUCAAUCAGUAAAAUCUUAUAUCAAUC